UGAAACUGCGGGCUCUGAGCCCCCUUCUAGGGCUUACAGACAACCUCUCAUCUUGCUGAGGAAGCAGUGGCGGAGACGGAGGUAGCAGCGGAGAGGCUUGGCCCACAGGAGUCCCUCUGGGCCUGGCUGGUGACACUUUUGCUGCUCCCUGAGUCUGCACCCUCAUCCUGACAUGUUGAGUCCCAAGAUUGGCAUCGCUGUCCUGCUGACAGUCUUGCAGGUGGCCUAUGGACAGAAGGUGAAUGAUCUGACUGCUUGUUUGGUGGACAAGAGCCUGAGAGUGGACUGCCGAUAUGAAAAUAACACCAAGUCCCCCCUUCAGUAUGAGUUCAGCCUGACCCGAGAGAAACAAAAGCACGUGCUGAACUCCACAAUGGGAGUGCCUGAGCAUGCCUACCGGAACCGGGUCAACCUCUCCAUCUCCCAUAACUACAUGGCCCUCUUCCUGAAAGACUUCAACCAAAAGGAUGAGGGCAUCUACUCCUGUGACCUGCGUGCUUCUGGGGUCCCCAGCUCCUUUGUCAGCAAGAACAUCACUGUCUACAAAGAUAAACUGCAAACCUGUGGGGUCAUGAGCCUGCUGGUCCAGAACACUUCCUGGCUGCUGCUGCUGCUGCUCUCCCUCCCCCUCCUACAGGCCACGGAUUUUGAGUGUCUGUGAUUGGCUGGGGGACAUGGAGGAGACAAAAAAGAUGAGGCCAAACCCCAGGAGCCCCCCUCUCUCUGAGCUGGCUGUCCCACUUCACCCCCCACCCUGGGGAGGUGAGAGGAGGCAGGGAACCCACCCCUAUAGAGGAAUCCUAGUUCCGCAUGCCAUCAUUCAGCUACUCUUCCUCCACCUUGCCGCCUUGCAACCCACAAUCCCCUUACCUGGUACUACCGGCUGCAUUUUUGUAUUUGUCAUUCCAGGGCUGCUUCUGUGAUUUGUUUGAGGUUAUUUUUCUUCUUUUCUUUCCUUCGGAAGUUUUUAAAGCAGGGAGCAAGGGGGCAGAGGAGAAACCAAGCCAGCUUUUGGAUUGGCAAGGAUGAUUCGCUAUGACCUCAAGAGAGGCUCCACAGAGGAUAUACAUGGUGGCAUGGGGGAAGGAGGCACUUGGGAUCUUCUUUCCCUGCCUGAGUUUAGGAGGACAGGGAAUGAUACAGGGGAAGCAGUAGGUGAGAGGUGUCAUGUGUCAGCAGCAUCCCACGGCCAAAAUGGGAAAAACAUGGGAACCAUUCCUGAGUUAAAGGAAUCUAGAUUCUAGGUUUCCCAAGCCUGCCAUGUUGUUUUUACCUAGCUGAAAAGAACCACACUAGAAUGGUCAAUUGGAAAUGCCUCCAUCUUACCACUUUCAGAAAAUCCCUCUCUGGCGAGAAACCUAGGAACAAAUGCAGAAGGGCCUAGAAAGAGAGGGGCAUAGAAGUGGAGAAAAGAGGGGGAGGGAAAGCUAUACUGAGCAGUUUCAAUGAACUGCCUGAGAAGUGCUCCCUCUAGUCUCUGCAUCCAACCCUAGCGAAUGGGGGCCUAGGAUAAAGACAGGGACAGUGAAUCUCCCAGUACUCCCUUCUCUGUUAUAUUCAUCUUCCUCACCCUCUCACCCUCCACCCUUGACUUUCACAAAAGCUUCCAGAAUUCAAACCCAGGAGCUGAUGAGCCAAGUCAGGCUGUACCCAGAUAACUGGAUCCUUCCACACAAAGGAAGCCUCCUGUUUGAAGAGACUAGGCAGUGAGCUAAUGGCAUAGGUGUAGGUGGUAGCCACGUCCCUGAGACAGCACCUCUUCUGGGGCAUUCCUGUCCCCUUCCCUAUUAAUUGGACUGCUCAGGUAUCUCUGGCGACACCACAGACCCACGCUGGAGUUUUCUGAGGAGUACAACAAGGAAGACCAAUAAAGGGUGCCAAUCUUCAUGAAAUGAGGUCUAAAAAACCAGAACCCAGCUCCCCACGACCACUGGCAUUGCUGUCUUGUCCUGUGAUCAUGUGUAUUGUAACCACAGCUUGUUGUGUUAUGGCAUCUAGGCAAGGAAAAAACUACACAAUAAAGCCACGCCUCUGGAG